AUGAGAAAGCCUGAGCAUAAUCCUUCAGAUAAACCGGGUAGUAGUGUGGGAGGUUGUAGCCCAGUAACCAAGGCAAUUGUUGCUGACAACAAUGGUGGUCAGCUGAGUUGCCAAGGGAAAAAGACUGAGCUUGCAGUUUUGAUCCCCAUGGAGCUGGACUCCAACUGUGAGAAAAAGGGAGAUGAGUCAUACUUGGUUGAUAUUCCUGUAGGUGAUCCUCUGAUUCAAGAAUCAGUCAUUGGUAGGAAAAAGAAGUCUUUUGUGAAAAUAACUAGAAAGGUGGAGGCAGAUUCUAAACUUAAUCUGAGUACUGGAAAAUCAGGCUUAAAUUUGGACAAUAAGGAAGGUUGUGGAUCAAAAAGGAAACCUCCUGAGAACCCUUUUGAGGGAAAUCAGAUACCUAAAGAACAUAACAAGAUCAAAGAGGAAAGAUUAUUGCUGCUGGUGAGAGAAUGGUUGGGAAAAGGGGUUGCUUCUGGAUGGGAUAAAAUAGUGCUGAGAUUUAAUGAUACUAGCUUAAGCAAGAGGUUGUCAAACCCUGCAUGCUUUCCUGUUGGACUUCAAAUAUAUGUCUCUUAUGGCAUUCAUAGCCCGUUGGCUGUUCGAAUUGUCUUGGACAGGUGA